GCUCGGCGGGGCCCCGCUCUCGGCGGUGGAUUAGCCAGCCUGGGUGGAGGCGCUCGGCGCUCCGCUGGCCGGACCUGGCGCGGUGGCGGGCGCCAUGCGGGCACCGCGGCCCUGCACCGUCUGCGGAGCGGCCGGCGCCGCCAAGUACCGCUGCCCGCGCUGCGCCGCCGCCUACUGCUCCGUGCCGUGCUGCAGGAACCACAAGGAGCGAUGCCGGCCGGAGCCCAAGCGGGAGCGGCCGGCGGCCGGACAGGCCUUCCCCGGCGGGCCCAGCCGCGCCGAGCAGCGCGCAGGCAGCCCCUGGUCGGUGGAGGACAUCCUGGCAGAAGAUGAUGAGCAGGACCGUGUCCCGCUGCACAAACUCAAGCUUUUAGGGGAAUCAGAAGAGCUGAGAGGCUUGCUUCUGAAUCCACAUCUCAGACAGCUGCUACUGACAGUUGAUCAAGCAGAAGAUAAAAGCUCCCUCAUGAAGAAGUACAUGCAGGAGCCAAUAUUUGUUGAGUUUGCUGACUGCUGUUUGAGAAUUGUUGAGCCUUCAGAGAAGGAGAAUAUUCUUCCUGAGUGAGCUACUUUGGGAAUGGUUUUCUUUCCUUGAGACUUUUUCCCCCUGAUGGAAGACACCUGGCAGCCCCCCGUGCUGCCGCAGUGCACCGUUCUGUGUAUUUCCGCUAGCUUUGGUCACACUUUCUCAUGGGCGUCAGCGCUCCAGUUUUCAAUUUAGAAUUGAUAAACAGUGACGUAGUUGUGUUGGACAGAUUUCUAGAUACUAGAAAUUAAACUUGAUGUUCUGUGGACUUGCUUUCUGUUGGUAUAGAAACACUGUGGGAAAUGUUGCUUCCCAAUGACAAUGUUAAAUAUAUUUGCAUUUAUUUUAAUCCAUAAA